AUGGAAACUCCGAUAAAAAAACCUGUCGCCAUCACAUCAUCCGAAAGAGACAAUUUCGACAAACUUACCAAAGAAAAUAAAGUGCUCAAGCAAAAAGUGGAUGCUUUGGAAAAAGAAAACAUGCUACUCAAAAAAUCCAUCUAUGAUCUAUCGGUUAAGUAUGCGGAGGCUGCACAUAAUCAAAGAGUUAGGCCACUUGUAAUUGACUUCGAAGAGCAAGAUGGCGGGAAAGAAAUUAUCGAUAACUUGGAUAAUUCAUCUGGAAAUAAUUUGCGCGAAAAGAAUCGCGAGGGACGAACAUUUCAUCCAAAAUCCGAAUUCAAGGGUCACAAUGGUGCCGUCUACGCAAUUCAAUUUUCUCCAUGCGGAAAAAUGCUUGCUUCCGGAUCGUUCGACAAAACAGUGCGAAUAUGGGACACAAUAUCCUUACAAAAAGAGCAAGCUUGCUUAAAAGGGCAUACUCUUAAUGUGUCUGAUGUAUGUUGGUCAAAUGAUUCUACCGUUUUAUUAUCUGGAGCAUAUGAUCAAACAUGCAAAUUAUGGGACAUUGAAACAAAUAGGUAUACAAAUUCGUUUGAGAGCGAAGGAUUUGUUCAGUGUGUGAUGUUUAAUCCACAAGAUAACAAUAUAUUUGUUAACGGAACUUCGCGCAAAGUCCUUUCGGUAAUCGACAUACGGAAACCCGAGAACGCGUUGAAUUUGAAGAGCGACGGAAUGAUAAAUUCCCUGUAUGUUUGUCGGGAUGGCCAAAAUGUUAUCACUGGCGAUUCCUUGGGUUACGUAAAGACAUGGGAUCUGAGAGCCGGAUCGGCUUUCCAAUCAUUCCCCAACGAACCAACCAAGAAACCCAUAUCACAUGUAGCCUUUUCGCAGAAGAGCUCCAGUGAGUUUCUUGACGAUUUCAAUCUACGCAACGACGAGGAAGAGCCGCGAUAUAUGGCCGUUAAUAGCUAUGAUAAUGAUCAAUAUUCGGUGCUGCAAAGAACGACACCGAUCAAAGAUAUCUUCAAUGACAAAGAAUUGCAAACGGAUUCCGCAGACGACAUCGUUUAUGAGAAAGACAAACCGUUGGAAGCCAGUCUUUUAUUGGCGACGGGAAGUGCUGACCCAUGCGCAUAUAUAUAUAAUGUCGGAGGUCCCGAAAGUACAGGAGAAUUAUUGCAGCGAUUGGAAGGGCACACCGAUUUCGUUUAUGCAGUAGACUUUCACCCCACGGAGCCUACAUUAGCUACUUGUUCAGCAGAUUACACGAUAAGA